AUGCGUGCAUUUUUUUUAACAUUCGAGUCAAACACAUGAUUGUAAAUAAAAAAAAUACAGUUUUUUUCUACUCUUUUUUUUUUUAACUCAAACAUCAAACACAUUCGCAUUGACUUAGCUGAUGUUCGAAACUUUUGACGUUUCGAAUAUACGAUUUGCAUUCGGUGGCAUACAAACGCAGAAGCGACGUGCAGGAGAUAUGAAAUAGUCCCGCAUCAUAAACUGCAAACUGGCGAAAAAUUUCAUAAUGGUUUCAACCAGAGGAACAAAAUAUAAGUUUGCUGUUGGUGAAAGAGUGUUAUGUUAUGAGCCCGACCCGAGCAAGGCCAAAGUCUUAUACGAUUCCAAAGUCGUUGAAAUCAUCGAAGAGAAAGAUAAAAAAGGUCGACGUUCUAUUGAAUAUUUAAUACACUUUCAAGGUUGGAAUUCGUCAUGGGACCGUAGAUGUCAAGAAGAUUUUGUUUUAAAAGAUACCGAUAAAAAUCGACAAUUGCAGCGUGAUUUGGCUGAAAAAUCUCAAUUACAAAUCGGUGCCUAUUUGUAUCGAAAAGAGCGAAAAAUUCGCAAAGGAAGCAGUAGUAAUAUUGAUCCCAAAACACCAUUCCGACCAUCAUCGGACGACGGGAGUUCUUGUUGUAGCUCAACACCUGGUAACGUUGUACAAGAAGAAAUUCCGGAAAACAUGUCAAACAAAGAUGAUGCCGAGCAACCAGAGGCUGAAGAAUCGUGCAGCAGUAGCUCAGCCGAGAGUACACCCGAAGAACAGAAUCGUGUUGCCCUUCAAAUCAGCGAAUAUUUAAAACGAUUCUUAGAAUAUGAUUUCACCAUGAUUAAUCAGCAUAAAAAGCUUUUAAAUUUACCUGCCAAAAUUUCGGUGAUAGCAAUUUUGGAGAAUUUCGUAAAAUAUCAUUCCAUUAAAGCGAUUUGUGCGCCGAACGGUAACGAAGGCGGUCCCCGACGAAGAAACAGUGCAGCCAAAACUGAAAAACGCGAAAAAGACUAUGACAAAUUAAAAGCAAGCAUUAAUCUUCGGAAAGAGACGGCCGAUGGUUUACGCAUUUACUUUAAUUUCUUAAUCAAAGACUACCUAUUAUACAAACCGGAAAGGGAACAAGCUGCAAUGCUGUUGUCAGAUGAAUACCUCAACAACUUUACCUAUGUUGGCUCAGAGAAAAUAUCUCUUGAUGCUGUAUUUGCAUUUAAACAAGGCACACAAAACAUACCGGAAAAUUCCGAAGCCCAUCAGUCAUCGAACACAAGUGAAUCGACCAGUGAAGGGCCAACAAAUAAACGACGUUUGAGAUCUCACAAAACCGAAGAGGAUGAAAUUAUAUUGGAUUUAGGUGCAGUGUCACUGCAUACGGCUGAAGUAAAUAGCACAAAUUCAUCCGAUUCAGGUGCAACAUCACAAGCAAAUCAAUUAUCGUCGCUAAAUCUAUUGCGACAACUAUUACCUAUGAAUAUGGCAGUUCCAGUAAGAACGCGUGAACUAUUGCAAGACAUUCUUUCGUGGCAACUUUUACCAUCCGAUUCAUCAGCUGAACCAUCUCAUAUUUACGGAGCAGUGCAUUUAAGUCGGUUAUUUGUGAAAUUGCCAGAAUUUUUGAAUGCUUCUUCAAUGCCAGACGAUAAAAUUAAAUUAUUGCUUACAUAUAUUGCCAGCUUCAUGGAAUUUUUUGAAACGCAAAAAGAAUGGUUUACAGAGGAUCAGUAUAAGUCUGCCAUCAAAGUUGAAGAACUCAGCUCGAGCGCCCCAUCACCGCUUACAAAUGUCACCGACUAAUCAUAAUUGUGAAGAUAUAUUUUAUUUUUUAAUUUGUGCCAGUAAUUGUAAUUUGUAAUUAGUUAUUCCGAAUCUCAAAUCAUUGUUGCAUGAACAAUAAUCGUAAUAGAAAUAAAAAAAAAACUGUCUGAUGCGUGAAAACAAUAUUUAUUUGACAAUAACAAUGGAUAUAAAAGACGUAAAGAAACACAAUCGAUCAACAUUUAUUUGUACAAUUAACGACCAUACGGGACUCCAUAAUAUGGACCGAUGCCAUAGUUAUAACCGUAAUAACCGCCGCCACCUAUGCGUAUUUGAAUAUUUCAAAUUAAUAAAAAAAAAACUGUGACAUGAUACAUUAAUUGUAUUCUAUAUUACCGCC